CAUCAUACACAGCUUUCCGUUGAAAGUGCAAGCACCGUCCGGCGUGGCUUGAAAAGCAAAACCGCUACACCUUUUAACCGGAUUCUUGCCAAAACCGAAUCGCGGAUCUGUAACUCUGCAACUCUACUUAGUGACGAUCGAGUCAAAGUGAGCCAAAGCACGAAGAUGACGUCCAAGGCGCCCCGUUAUCAAGUCAGCCAAUUAAGAGAAGAAAACUCGCGAUUCCCUAAGCAAUGUUCGCUCGGCAAUCCUUUAGGGAGCGACGUGCGGGAGCUAGAAAAUGAUAUGCGGUACAUCUGUGCAGGUUUCUCGCCCGAUGACCUCCAAGAGGAAUUCGAGAGAACCACACACUUCCACAUAGACAGCAUAGCUGCCAGUGUGUGGGGAGAUGAAAGGAAACAACAGCAAGACACUCAAGGUUUACAAGCAAUGGACACAUUUGCUCGUCCAUCCGAAGACAGCGAAAUCAUUAACUGGGACAUGCGGAGCAUGAACGAAGUACUAAAGGCACAAGAAAACCUGAAUGUUCAAACGCAAGACUCAAUGGAAAUCUCUUUACGAGACUCGGAGGAGACUUCUUUGCUAGAAUCACAAGACCCAACAAUAACUUAUCUCGAAGAAUCACAAGACUAUGUCUUGAAACAGACACAAGCAAACUCCUUCCGAGACUGUGGAACAUUUCCCGUCCAAGAGUCCCGAGGGCUUUACCUGCAAAAUUCGAACAGUUCGCAAACAGCACACGAUGUGAAGGAAGCUUGUUUCGGGGCGCAAUUCCAGUCGAGGCAAUGGCAUUUCGACGGAGGACUGAGCGCGCAGCCUCCCCUUCAAUGGGAAUCCGAUCACCUGACGAACACUUUCACCGAAUACCACUCGACCUCUCCUGAUGAUUCCUCCCUUCAGACUGGAACUCCCGAUGCUUUCAGUGAGGCUUUGACAUCUAACACACAUUAUGCAGUAAAUGGAGUCUUGACACCUGGAGUGAAUUAUUCAACAGAUGAUAAUCUGUCACCCCAAACGCCUUACACAGUGGAUGAAGCGAUCGCACCUGAAAUUCUGUAUCCAGUGACUACAUCUGAAACGCCGGAUCUCAUAACAGGAGCCGCGGCAGACGGAGUGACUUAUAUUGCGAGUGGUGCUCUCUUAUGGCAGACAGCAAAUGACGCCUUGACGAAUGAAACGCCCAAUGCAGCUGCGGGUGGUUUUCUGACAUCUGAAAUGCCUUAUGCAACGAACGACAUACCUGCCUGUAAAGGUGCAGAAAACGAAACUGGAAUCUCCUCUGAAAAUUCAGAUCCUUCCUUUCCAGUCACUCACCUGGCGCAGGAGGACCCACCUCGUUCAGCGUCGAGUAGAACUCAACCCAGGUAUCUCAUGGCAAAGAUGGACAGCGGUUGUGUGGUGCUACUGGAAACUAGUCCAUUUCAAGUGGACACCUCAGCAUCGCCACAAGACUCUCAUCUCUUGUAUACAAAGCCCCGUAUAACUGGCACACUCCCCCGCUCUCCUGAGGUUCAUUUACUGCGAGGAAGAUCACCAGGUCCUUCGUUGGGAGAUCCCUCCCCGAGGCAGACAACUCAAGUCCUCGGCGAGUCUCCUCAAAGGACACGCCUCCCUCACCAACAUCGAAGUUCUCGCCUCUUCCUUCCGUCGGGCGAGGCAAAGAAGCAGCACCAGAGAGAUUUAGCCAAGGUUCGAUCGAGGGAUUACAUGAAGAAAAAGGAGGACAACCACACGGCGCUCAGGCGUCAAGAGCAAGAACAAACAGAAAUAAAUCAUCAACUCAACGAAGCGUGUCGCAGUCUUGAAUCGAUGAGACUGAACUACCACGCUAUAUAUCAGGAAUACAGGGAACAGAUGCCUCCUUCCAUCCAGAAAGAACUGGACAAAUACGUCGCCCCCGACAACAGAUAAGGACCUCACUGCCACUUCAUGUAGUAGCUAUAUCAGACUUCUAACUAUCAAGCGACGACAAACCUUAUAUUAAAUAACGAAAGGUACAAUGAUACUGAAUUGCAAAUAAAACAUACAAAAGAAACGGUAGGAAGAUGUGAAGGUUUGACAAAUUUUGCUGAUGUCGUCUGUAGUUUAGUUGCAUAUAAUUUUAUUAAAAAUAUUUAUAUAGAAUAAAUAAAAGUACCAUAUAUAUUUAUAUAUUUAUUUUGUUUUUAUAUAUUUGUAAUAAAGACUAAAGCUGUA